UGACGUAAACAAAUCCAUCAUUAAUUUGGGUGUGCACGCUUGGGGGAUGCCCUCCCACAGAGCUCUGUUUUGUUGUCUAUUCUAAUAUUUUUUGUGUUUUCUUAUCAAGAUCAGUUGCUUAUUCUUCUCGUAUGUAUGUGACUUUGUAUGUCUCCAGUAUUAAAGCUACAUGUACUACUGUGGAAUAGACUCCCUGAAAACAUAAAAACUGCAUCUCUGUGAAGUUUAAAAAUUUCUGUUCACUUGACAGUUUCUUUACGGACCUCGAGCUCUCUUAAGAGUGGAUCUGGCACUUUAUAAGUCACAUGUAUCAUUCGUUAUCAUAAGUUUCAGGAUUCUAUAUUUGGUGCUCUCUAGACAUUGUUUUUUAUGAUGUAGUCAUGCAUUUCUUGCUCAAAAAGCAGUUCUCUGCAUAAAACAGGAGUAAUACAAUACUUCAAGAACGUGAAGAUCGUUGGAUUACCCUUUGUUGAUAUCCUUGUGUUUGACAUUUCCAAAGGAGAAAUAAGAUGGUCUCUAUCAAUGCAAUCUUACAUUGAUAUAUUUUUCACCUGGAUAUUCCUUCUCUCAGAACAACAAUGUAUAUCUUCAUAUUCCUACUUACUCUUUAUGGAAGGGGCUGUAAUUCACAAUGUCAGGACCCAUGUCAUUGUGAGCAGCAGGGUGUGAAUUUUAAAAUGAUAUGUACAGAUCAUUAUCUAGAAGAUGUUCCAAAGGAUCUCCCGUGUCAUGUUGGUGUACUCAACUUGCGCAGGAACUUCAUCACCACGCUAAACAGAGAGUCAUUCCCAUGCCAAAACAGGUUGAGGGAACUUCUUCUGUCCAAUAACCAUCUACGCUACAUUGAGAAGCAAGUCUUUGAUGAUACAGGAGAACUUAUGCUCAUAGAACUUCACUCUAACUUCCUUCAGAGCAUUCCAUACCUUGGUUCGUUACCCAUCAUUCUACAAAUAUCUGUCAUGCGGAACUCUCUGACAGAUUGGCAUCAUCAAACACUUCAGAAUAAAACACACCUUACAGAACUUGAACUGGCAUACAAUAAACUCACAAAUCCACCAAAAAUUCCAUUCAAAUUAUCAAUUUUGAAUUUGAAGGGAAAUGCUAUCAAUGACCUCCACACAAUGAUGUUGGCAUAUCCAAAUGCCAUAUCACAUCUGAACAUUAACUACAACAAUAUUGAAUAUUUGGAUAGACUGCAAACAAUGAAAAGCCUGAAGAUACUUAUGCUUGAAUUCAACUACAUAAGACGCAUCCGUGACAAUGUAUUCUCAAGUGUCCCUUUGCUAGAAACAAUCAAACUCGGGCACAACAACAUUGUAGAUAUCUCUUCCUUCUGUAAUAUGAUGUACAUCAGGCAUAUAUUUUUAGAAGAAAACAAUAUAAGAGUUGUGCAAAGACCUGCCUUUACUAACAUUCCAAACAUAGAUACAAUCAAUUUAAAGGGCAAUGAAAUUAUUCAAUUAUCACAAUCUUUCUUCAGUACACCACAAAGUCUUCUCCUUCGAAAAAACAGCCUGACAAGAUUUGAAUUAUUUGAAGGAGGGAAUUAUACAAAGUUAAGAAUUCUUAAUGUUGAUAGGAAUGACCUGCAAAAUAUUUCAAUCUCGUCCUAUCCUAACCUGUAUUAUCUAUGUGCUUCAUUCAAUAAAAUAAAAGAUGUUAACUUUGGCAUUGAUAGUCAUCACCAAUUACAAUACAUCAAUUUGAAUUCUAAUCAAAUUAAGAACAUGAACAAGUUUGGAAAUUUGCCAAACCUAAAGUGGCUGCAACUGUCUUCAAACUCCAUCACAUCUUUGGAUGACAAAACCCUCAUUUGCCUUCCUCAACUUCGUGAGCUCAGGCUCGAUAACAACAGAAUAUCAAUAUUAUCAAACCUUCUAACUUGCCCUGAACUUACAAAUCUCCAAUUAUCAGAAAACAUAAUUCACACUAUAGAAAACUCAACAUUUGACUCUUCACCAAGACUAGCUAUAUUAAACCUGGCCAAAAAUGAAAUUUCUGAUCUUAGAUUCCUUCAUUCCAUUUAUUCACUUGAGGAGCUGAAUUUAAGCCAUAACAGACUCAGAACCAUCAACCCCUUAGACUUCUUGACUCUAACCCAUCUCAGAACUUUGGACUUGUCAUUUAAUUUAUUCAUGGAGAUUAAUACACCCAACUUGCAAUCCCUCCAAAGCCUUGAUAUUAGUCACAACUUUUUAUAUCAUUUAAACUUGAAUCAUCUCUUUGGUGACAGAACACUCGUUAAAAUCAAUGCAGAGGGCAACAGAAUCACUGAUGUUGUUUCUACUUCAGCUCUUGAUAUAAACGUUAAUGAUAAUGCCUUUGGAGCUUCAAAUUCAAGUGAGCUAUCUGGAACCAAUAUAUUGGCAUGUAACAACAACUUGUCUGAUUUCAAAACCAUCAAAAUUUCUCCUAAUUUGGUGGGACUAUACCUGAAUAAGAAUCAUAUUGUCUCCAUACCCAAUUUUACUUUCAUAUCGGCAUCCUCACUAAUAUUUCUUGAAUUGAAUGAUAAUAACAUAGCUGAUAUAUAUCCUACAGCAUUCUAUGGUUUAAGAAAAGUUGUGGCAUUGAAGCUGGAAAGGAAUUGCAUAACACACCUUCGUUCUGAUCUUUUCUCUAACAUUCUGGAUUUAAAGUAUGUACGUUUAGGUGGAAAUCCUUUAUUACACGUUUCAAAUCACCUGUUUCCAGCAAGUCAGGAUAUAGAGGGCAUAUCUUUUCCUUCUAUACCCUUUUCAAACACAUCCUUGAGCAUAUUUCAAGAUAUUCCAAAUUUACACUACUUGGAACUUCAUGAAAAUUUGGCUUUUCGUGCGCACUUUGUGAGAAACACAAGUAAUCUUGUAGGAACCAUUUUGGAAUUCUCAGAUCUAUGGUUUUUAAAUCUCUCUUCUAUCAACCUUGGGGACCACUGUCAAAAUGUGUUAAUAAACACUGUAAAAAUUCUUGAUUUGUCAAACAAUGCCAUUACUACCAUCCCAAAAUACUGUCUGCCAAGAAGUAAAAAAACAUACAGUCUCUAUCUGUCUCAAAAUAAACUGAAAUGGAUCUUAAACGAUUCAUUUGACAAGCAUCAACAAUUCUGGUUUCUAGAUUUAAGUUACAACCACAUACUGUUCUUUGAAUUUGGCUCAUUACGGCAUCAGACAUACUUGACUGAUCUUCACCUUCAAGGCAACCAACUUACAAAGCUUGAUCUUGGCUUACUGACCUUCCCUUUGAAAAGUAUUCAAAUUGAAUUAGAAAAUAAUCCUUGGACAUGCAAUUGUGACCUCAUCAAAUCAGUUUCGGCUCUGAAACACACACUCACCCCCAUAAAAUGUGACAAACCUUUAGCUUAUGCCAACUAUUCAGUGGCUGACCUUGCUGCCAAGAACAGCUUCACCUGCCGACCACUGCUGUGCUCUCAGCCCUACCAAACUCUUCUUUCAUUCCUUGGUGACAAAAUGGUAGAGUUACCUUGCCCAAUAAUAACAUCAAAUGACAUUUACUGGUCAGUCACAUUUCAAGGGGAACAACUAAACACUGUAAGAGACACCCUACCAGAAUCAAUUUCUAUCCUCCCACAUAAUGCACUUCUAAUCAGUGAUGUAACUAAGGAUAUGAUUGGUCUUUACACCUGUUGGAGUAGGAAUGAAGGGGGGCAAACAAAAUUCAAAAUAGAUUUACUUGUAGAGGAAAUGGAAGAGAAUGUGGAAGACAGUUAUAAUACUACUAGUACUACAAUAUCUGCCAAAGAAUGGAAAGAUACACUCCAAUGCGGUACUAAUAAUAGUUCAAAUUCAAGUAUGCCUACUUUUAAUGUUAUCAGUAAUUCAUGUUAUGUAUUGUUUGUAUCGAUAUUGGCAUUCUUUUUUUUAUAAAUCACCUUUUAUUCAUAAAAAAAGGAAUCAAUUACAAUAAAGGGCCCAGGUUAUUAGUUCUAAACGAACGUAAUACAGGGCAACAUAAAUUUACUGUUAGUAAUGGAGUAUUGAUUAUGCACAUCUAAAAACCUUUUUUGGAGGCAAUACAAUAACUUUUUUAAAUAAUACACAUUUAUUAUUGGAGUGAAAAUUUUGAAUUGUUUGAAAUGAAAUAUUGGUUACACACAUAUAAUUUAAAUCUUUUUGGAGACAAUACAGUAAUUUUUAGGAAUUAUGUUAAUACUUCAUGCUUGUAUUGGAAUUAGAUUUUGAAAAGAAAUGAAAUAUUGAAUACCCACAUCUAGUCUAAAUUCUUUUUGACGGCAAAACAGUAUUGAUUUUAGGGUUUAAAAUGCUAAUACUUCAUGCUCUUAUUAUUGGAAUGAUUUUUUUUACUUUAAUGAAAUGCUGAUAGCACACAUGCAUUUUAAACUGAGG